AUGGGGCAACAUGUCAGUGUCUGUAUUCCUCGUUGGAUCGAUAUUCCCGGUGUUAAGAAUUUUAGAGAUAUUGGUGGUUGGCCACUAAAAGAUGGUAGUGGUUAUAUCAGAGAAAGAAUUGUAUUUAGAUGCGGGCAUCUUGUGGGUAUUACUCAACACGGCAUAGAUAUCUUGCGUCGAUUGAAUGUGAUUGCUGCUUUUGACUUCCGUUCUGAUCCAGAAAUUGAGAGACAAGGUGUGAUGCCUGAGAUUGAGGGAUUGAUUCGUUACCCAUCUGCUAUGUUCACAAAAGCAGACUAUUCUCCUGAGGCAUUGGCCUCUCGUUGGCAAGGUUAUUUUGAAGGCGCUAAAGGAUUUUCUAAAGUUUAUGCUGUCAUUUUGGAAAAAGGUGCACCUCAAUACCGUAAAAUAUUUAUUCAUUUGAUUGAAAAUCAUUCUAUCACAUCGACAAAAUCCAUCAUUGUUCAUUGUACAGCAGGUAAAGACCGUACCGGCAUUUUUGGCAUGUUGUUGUUAGGUUUAUGUGGUGUGGAUGAUGAGAUUAUUGCGAAUGAAUAUGCAUUGAGCAACCUUGGCUAUUGGGAACCUGAACAUGAGUUGCAAAAGAAGGCUGAAAUGCUCAAAGUAUCAAUAGACAAUGUUCGUAUGGUCAUGUCUGCUCCGUAG